CAGAAUAUACAACAAAGUGCUAGUAAGAAAUUGGUGGUGUAAUUGUGAAAAUAUUAUGGCUUCAUCAGUAGGACCAUGGAUGGGUGGUGGACGUCGACGUGGAGGUGGAGAUUGGGCCAGCCCAUUUUCUUCUGAUUUAUGGGAUCCUUUUGGUGUGGGCUUUGGUGGUGGAUGGGGCUUGAGGCGUAGUGCUGGUGGGGAUGAUGAUGUUUCUGCCUUGGCCCAUGCUAGUGUUGAUUGGUGUGAAACUGAUAAAGCUCAUGUUUUUCGUGUUGAUCUUCCUGGGGUGAAGAAGGAAGACCUGAAGGUGCAGAUUGAGGAUGAUAACAUACUGGAGAUAAGUGGUGAAAAAGUAAAAGAAGAAGAACAAGGCACUGACAAGUGGCACCACGUGGAGCGCAGCCGUGGCAGCUUCCGUCGAAGAUUCCGGCUGCCUGAAAAUGCCAAUGUGGAAGGCAUCAGUUGUGGGCUUGAGCAUGGAGUUUUAACUGUGAAUGUGCCCAAGAAGGAAACACAAGAGGUUCCAAAAAAUGUGAAGUCCAUAGAUAUUGCUUAGAUUACUUGGACUUGGGUUUGGAGUAGUGUGUAGUAUUACUAGUUUGGCUUUGCUUUCCUUGUUAAUAGUGUGUGUAAGUUUAUAAUGUGUGUAUGUAGAAUAGUGUGUGCCAGUUUAUAAUGUGUGUAUGUAGCGCCUUUAAAUAAGUGAGAGUCGAUGCUAUCAGUGUAUAUUUUUGUUUUUUUCGUAGUUUAUCGGUUGUAUAUACUAAUAUAUGAAAUCUGUUUUUUGGCUUUUUUGCA